GCCGACGAGGCGUUGUGCGGGGAGGGAGGGCGGCGCAUCAGGGGUCACUGGGUUGUGGGCCGACGAGGCCUUGUGCGGGGAGGGAGGGAGGUCGCUGGGAGUUGGAGCUUCGUGGCACAGGCUAAGGGCCGACCACUUUGGUGCACCCAUCGGCGAGCGGGCACGAUGCGGCGAAGUCAGGCUAGGGUGUUUGAGGAUGGGGGGGAGGAUGAGAAUCUGAAGGCGCAGAAGAAAUGCUGCGUGUACAAGUACAUCCGCGUGGGGCAGAGUCUCGACGAGAGAUUCCUCGGCAAUCGCAUGUUGAAGUGCGUUUUCUGCGGCCACGAGUUCCAGGGCAACCAGUUCGUGGCGGCGCGCCAUUUCCGGCAGGGCAAGGGAUGUCCUGAAGUGACCGACGAGGCACUUGUUGACAUCCACUACAACAGUGAGUACAAGAUGUCCGACAAGUUCCUAGAGCGGAUCCAGCGGUUUGAGGAGCUUCACGGUCCGACGCCUGCGAUGGAUCCACAACGGGACGAGGGGGGUGAGGGAGAGACGAGGGACGCGGAGGAGCAGAUAGAUGUGCAUGACGACGUCGAGGAGGUCGCGCGGGCGGGGUCGUCAGGGAGGGAGCGAGGGAAGGGCGUUGUCAGCGAGCCGGGGGGGCAGCAGGGCCAGUACUUUGCGUCGGCGCACAUGAAGUUCAAGAAGAAGUGGCUGCAGUUUGUGUACAGUCAGUGCCUGGCGUUCAACGUCUUCCGGAGCGAGCCAUGGUUGGACGUCGUCCGGCACUUCAGGGAAUUGUCAGGGCCAGUGAAGGUGUUAUGGCCUUCAGAGAAUGAGAUUGCGGGCAUAGAGACCAUUGUCUACACGGCGGACGAUGUGGGAGUCGAUCUCGCGGAGAUCAGGGCUCCUUUCUAUGUCACGGGGGCCACCAUUAUGUCGGACGGAAGGAAGUCACGAGAUGCUAGACCCAUCGUUAACUUCCUUGACGGUGGGUCGCAUGGGGUGAUGCUGGUCCGGACGAUGAACAGGGAGGGUGAGCGGGAUCGCGCGCCUGAUGUAUUGGCGCGCUGGAUCAAGGUGUUUGAUGACUUCCCCCCUAAGUGGGUGAACGCCAUCUGCACCGACUCCGCCUCGGCGUACGCCGCCGCGGCGAACAUGCUCCAGGGGCCCGAGAAGAGGCCAGAGCAUCGACGGAUCACGUGGCUCCCAUGCGCAACGAAGAAGCGUAACCGGCUUGAGUUCGAGAAGGUCGCGAAGAUGGUUGAGAUCUCAGCCAACGUCCGCCUUCUCUCUCAUCAGCGGGCAGGCCGCGGGUUCGCACUGCCGUGGACUUUGGAUGAGUCGUUGUUGGACGUGGAGGGAGGUAUCGGGAUUCGUCCCUCAUGGAAGGGGACGGACGAGAUCAGGACGCGGGAGGAGCUCGAGGAGCAGAGACGUUCUUGGCAGCGAGACCCAUGUGGGUCAAGAGCUCCUCCGGGUGAUGUGGGCGAUGUUUUCGGGACUCGAGCCACCACAUUGCACCCGUACCCUCGAGACGACAGUGAUUCCGAGGGUGACGAGGACGAGCCGGCGGGCCCCGCUACCGCCGCUCCUGCGGCGGAUGAGCGUGAUGCGUGGAGCGACCCAGAGGACGUCCGGAGACGGAGUGGCGGAGAUGACCUUUUUGUUGGAGUUGAUUUGGAGGAGGAGUCUGGGGGUCGUCAUGAGAGCCCUCUACAGCGUCAGAGGACUAAGUCCGCUGACCCGCGGUCCUUGGAGCGGGAGAGAGAUACUGCGUCUGCACCUUCGAGGGGGGCAGAGUCGGGGAUUGGCCAUCGUCCUGCGCGUGUUCGUAGUGGCACGGCAUCAUCCACCGCUCUUCCCACAUCGAAGGAGCAGCUUCGUCGACAGCCAGCCGGGGAUGAUCGAUUGCAGAGAUUGGGGACGCACGAGAGCGGAUUGGUACCGACAGAGGAGGCACGUUCGGAGCCGGUGCAGCCUCCUGCCGUCCAGGUGAGGCCCGAUGAGACGUUGCAUGAGGUCACGAGCGUCCCUCAGACUCCUCUGCCCAGGGGUUCAGUUGAGGGUGUCGUGCAGAUGUCCCCGGGUCUGGAGGACAUACAGACGGGGCAGUCAGUGGGCGUUGAUGAUAUUCGCCCAUCGGCACAGUCGGAGGGGAUAGCAGCGACCACUGGGGGGGAGGGAGCCGUAGCGGGGGCCGUUGGUGUUGGCGAGGUGGAGGUGCCUGCUCAGGCCGAUCCGAUGUGCACGUCUGGCGGGGGAGAUUGCGCACAGUUGGAGAGGCGUGACGCGGACGGCCAGGAGAUGCCACAGACUUUGGUGGUUCGCACUGCUGUGGGGCCAGUGGUGCCACAUCAGGCACCGUUUUUGGAGGGUCAUAGGCGUCGUGCACAUGGCGGUGGCCCGGUUGAGGAGCGACGUGUAGGCAGGGGCGCGUGCAUACCCCCGGUCCCUACUUUUGCGCCGUCACGGGAGAGGCCGGAGAUUAGGUAUGUGGCCACGCCUCGGGGCAGCCUCCCUUUUGGUUUUAUGACCGCUGAGGUGUUGGAGGAGCACGGCAGGAGGGAUUUGAUGGAGAUCGACCAGCGCGUUUUGAGGUCAGUCCCGGAGGAGGGGAAGCUGCCUCACGUGCAGGACUUAUCUUGGGGGCCAGCCAGCCCUAGCUUACCUUCUGGAUGUUCCGUCGCAGCGCCAUCUGGCGGGGCUGCAGGGGGCUUACCUUCUGGAGGUUCCGUCGCAGCGGCAUCUGGCGGGGCCGCAGGGGACUUACCUUCUGGCGGUUCGGUCGCAGCGCCAUCUGGAGGCGCCGCAGGCCCUUCGUCACCCUUGGCCGCAGCUCCGAGGGAGGGCGGCAGUCUCACCCCGAGGUCGGUUGCCCGUAGACGGAGAGACACUACCCAGCUUGCGCGGGAGUCACUGGACACCAUGUUGUUCGGUCGCACUAAUCGACCAUAGAGCGAGACGAGACGGGUGACGACGGCGAGUGUCGGUCGUCAGCCAGGUUUGAGAGGGGCUUCCACGGGCGUGAGACGUC